UAUACAAACAGUGGUUAGGAACACAGGUUAACAUCAACACGAAACUACAUUCCUGACGACUGUAGACAGGCUUGACUCGGGUUGAAGGUUCAAUAUCUUCUGAGCCAGUGUCCGGUGCUUUUAUUGGGUGAAGUUCAGCCACGUGGUCCAGUGCAGGUGUGAGAACAGAAGAGGAACAGCCCCAGGCGUUGCAGAGAGAUACUUGCAAGAACAUCGUGUUUGAAUUCAUCAGUUUGAGAAGCCGUCGCGUGUUGAUCGGAGCCCGUCCCCCUUCGUGGAGAGGUAGCGCCGUAGGCCGGGCUUGUUUACCUAAUUUAUUCACAACUCUCGCGACGUGAUUAUCGUCCGCUGGACCCAACGCCAAUCACACGAUACCGUGAAAACCUCUACUUAGAAACAAUACAGCGGGAAUUACACGUUCCUGUGUGUCCUCUGAAAUUAACCAGCGGAAAAUUGGAACUUGGACCAUCGAGUAUCACCCUGUUUUAUAUAAUCGAAUUUGGGUGAAUUUGACCAUCAGGCUCACGGUGAAAGAUCUGACAAGUGCUUCUCGUGGAACUUUAGCCCUGUGCGAUAAGCGCGAGCCAUCCAAGCGGUGGUAAGAAACCCGUGUAUAGCCGGUUAACUAGGUACCUCUACCACGAGAGCCGUUCACGUGAGAUCGACUACAUAGCGUACAGUAGCCUGUAGCAAUCGCUCACAAUUGUCUCAGCAGUCAGAUCGGACCGGCCUCUACCUCAGAGCAGACAAGCUUCAUGAUGUGCUAAACUCUAUAAUAUUUGGAUAUAUAUAUCGUAUGAGUGUUGAACAAUGCCGUGUUACACAGUGUACAUAUUCAUCAUUGUGUUCGUGCUUCAAAUAGUUCAUGCGUCCUGGUGGUACCUUGGCAUGACGAGCUCCUACCAGACUCUCCUGGAGGAACUACAGGAGGUGCCCGUAAGGAAGCGAUGUGCAAACCUGCAGUUCUUGGCACCCAAGCAGCAAAAGCUCUGCGACCAGGAAGAGAAACUCAUUGACGUCAUUCACGAGGGAGCCAAUGUUGGCAUUGAAGAAUGCCAAUUUCAGUUUAAAGAUCGUCGUUGGAACUGCUCCACCUUCAACACCACCAACGUCUUUGGACAGGUUCUAAGCACAAAGAGUCGCGAGACAGCCUACAUCUACGCCAUAUCUUCGGCCGGAGUCAUGUACAGCGUCACCCGCGCCUGCGCACGUGGCCAGCUUGACCAGUGUGGAUGUGAUACAAAAACCCGUCAGUUGGUCACAGACGGAAAGUUCGAGUGGGGAGGAUGUUCCGACAACAUCAGAUAUGGACAGAGGUUCUCGAAGGAGUUUGUGGACUCAAACGAACUGAAAGUGAAGGAUUUUGGACUGAUGAACGUCUGGAACAAUGGUGCUGGGAGAAAGACCAUCAAGGACAACAUGGAACUUAUCUGCAAGUGUCAUGGCGUCUCUGGUUCGUGCUCUGUUAAAAUCUGUUGGCGAAAGAUGAAGGCUUUUCGAAAAAUAGGCUCAGCCCUCAAAGCACGUUUUGAUGGGGCCAGUAUAGUCAGAGUGGACAGAAACAGACUGAAAUUAAAACGACUCAGUAAAAACCAAAAACGGCCGACGAAGAGAGAUCUUGUAUAUUUAGAGGAGUCUCCGGAUUUCUGUAACUUUAAUCCUGCAUCCGGGUCUUUGGGUACUCGAGGCAGAAAGUGCAACAAGACAAGCAUCGCUCUUGAUGGGUGCAGUUUGAUGUGUUGUGGAAGGGGUUAUUAUACACUUGUGAAAGAAGAGAGGGAUGAUUGUGACUGCAAAUUUUACUGGUGUUGCAGAGUAGAAUGUAAGAAGUGUACACGAACUGUUGAAAUGCAUUACUGUAACUGAGAGCGAUGUUACCAAUGACUGGACCCUAUAGCAACUGUCAAAAUGCAUUACUGUGACUGAUAUCGAUGUUGCUGUUGGUUGCAUCUUAUUGUAACUAUUGAAAGGCAUUACUGAUCUGAUAUCGAUGCAAGUAAUGGUUUAAGCUAUCUGUAACUGUUGAAAGGCAUCACUGGAUCCGACAGCAGUGAAACCAAUGGAUGACAUUGCGUUAUAGUUGUAGAACUACGUUCAACAUAAUCAAGGACUACAGUUGUCAACAGUUGGACAACGGUGUUUUUCCUAAGUUCACCAGAAAAGUUGAAGAACAGAGUUGGGACAUUUGAAGCAGCGAAAACGCAUGAAAGAAUAAUAUUUCAAACAUAUGUUGGUGUUCCUUAAACACGUUGGAGGCAACUGGAUGGCGUUCUUGGUCUUCCUCAUCUCCAUCGUUCUGUCAGUUGUGACAGACCACCUAGGCAUUGUUCAGUUACUGCUGAGCAGCUGAUACCAGUUGGAGCAACAGCAAGACUCUUUCGAGGAUAAACACCAGCCUCUUCCUCAGAGACGCCCGAGAAGGUUCACUGACAACGUGAUGUAUGACGGCCAGUUUGAUAACCCUGCUACGGAAUGACCCUUGUCACGGAACAGUCUUCGCCGCAUUUAGUUAAAGUAAUGGCUGCUAUCAGCUGAUGAUUCUGGUGCUCGGUAUUUUCUAUAUCAUCAACUGUCACCACAGUUACUGCAGUGGAAACUAGUUCAGAGAAUGUGCAUGCCUAAUGUGGCGCUCUGCCCAAAGAAAGUGAAAUAAGGAUAUUAAUGUUCUCCGCAUGCUAUAAGUCGUCAAACAGUUAUAUAUAAAUGAUAACACCUGUCACCGCGUAGUAGAAAUUAGAUGACAUUUGACGAAUCUGCAUGUGUCUCUAGAUACGGUAUUACAUGAGAAAUCUGAAUACAAACUGAAAAUGAUUUUACUAGUUAGUUAAGGUUAUAGUCUCUCCAGUUAGAAUAUUUUUAACUGAUACUUAUCUCUGUAUGUCGUAAAUACUUCAGAUUAUAAAUAUAUGUGUACAUGCAAUACAUAUAUGAUCAAUAUGAUUGUAAUUAUAGGUUUUUGUAACCUUUGGACAGUAAUUAUACCUGUGGAGGCUUUCCUUGUCGUUUUGACAUGUCUUUAUUUCGUUAUUUUAAUAACAAAGACAAUAAAAUAUUAACUAAGAGUCUUAUUGGCAAAAUCUUUGCUUAAUCAAAUAUGUAUAAUAUAUUUAAUUCUUGAAUGAAAUGUUAAUUAAGGGAUAGAUGUUUUGUAUUCGGUAUCUAAUGGUUACUAAAAGUUGCUGUCUCCCAAUAUACCUUUAUAACAAACGCCACUGUAAUAAAUCGAUAACGAUUUUAUAUAUUACAAGAUAAUAUUUGUAUUCUAAAUAACUUAAUAUUUAUUUAAUACAAUGGUAAGUGUACGUGUUUUAUGAUUGUAUUUCCAAAUUAUUAUUUAUUUUAUUUUUAGACAUCAUAAGAUUGAAAAAUUCAUAAUGUUGCUUAAAAUGUUGCUUUUACUUUAAACAGUUUCGGUGUUGUAGACGUUCUGUAUUACAAGAAUAUGAUUAAGUGUAGACAACUUAGCUUCCGUAAUCUACUGAAUAUUUGUGAAUGAUGCAUAAUUUAAUGUAACUAUCAUGUACAUUGUCAUAGAAUGUAGACUCUAUGUUGUUUUGUCCCAUGACUACAUGAAACUAGAAUAUACGAUGGAUACAUGUCUGGGCCACUGUCUACAUCGUAGUGCCAUUGUAAAGCACAGCACAACAGUACAGCAAAUUAGAUGGCUUCGUAUUUUGUAAACCAUAUGAACUGGAACCGGUUUACUUUAUUUAAUUACAAAACAGCUCAACAGCAUUUUUGAAUGACCUAAUUGCAAGAUAUUAUUGUACAAAUCUAUGGGUUCUUAUUUCUGUGAAAGGUUGUUUUAAUGAAGAUAUAUCAUAGUUGUAUAGCGAGAUACCAUGUCUACCCACCGUAAUCAAACACUGGACAUGAUUUAUUCAUAUAUGAUAUGGCUAAUUAUUUCAGUUAAAUCUUGGUACCCUACACGAAUAAUUGUUAAUUAAGCUUUUAUUUGAUUCCAUAAGGCGUAAGUGAUUAAAUGAGUCAACUUUCAUAUGUUUAAUACUAACUACUUUUUUAACCUGAAACACCAUUUAGUACCUUACGUUAAGUACUGCUCAGAGGUUCCCUCGCCUUCCACAAUGGGUGUCCAUUCUGGUCUCACUUGCGCAGAGAGACCUUAGCCCUAAAAUUACAGCACGUAUUUGUUAUGGGAGUCACAACUGUCUUAGUGCUAAAAUCGUUUUGUGCAAGUGGCACCUUAGGACCAAAAUGUAUGGGUCACGUUCUGUGGUGAUUUAAGGGGCGGUGGGGUAGCCCAGUGGUUAAAGCGUUCACUCUUCACGCCGAAGAACCGGGUUCGAUUCCCCAGAUGGGUUCAAAUGUGUGAAGCCUAUUUCUGGUGUCCCCCGCUCUGAUAUUGCAGGAUUAUUGCUAAAAGCGGCGUAAAACCAUACUCACUCACUGUUGUAAUUUAGGAAUUUGUUUCUCUGAAGUCACAUACUUGAUAAAUGAAGUCAUGAUUUUGUACAUAUCUGAAUCACUGUGUAAAUUUGGUCAAGACUCGAACUUUAGUGUAUAUUGUGCUUAUAUGUAGUAUUACUCGUACUAUGUAGCAAAAUGUUCACAAGUGUAUGUUAGAGAGGAAAUAUUUAUUUUGCUGUAAACACGGUAACCGUCAUAAUGAUAAAUGGAUGACUUUUUUAAGGCAAACGUGUACAUGUCUUUACUGUACGUAUAGGUAUAUACAUAUGUAGGUACAAUGUAACGUCAACAAUCGCGAUUGGUUUUACGUAAAUACUAAAUACGAAAGGGAUUUCUUGUUGGAAAGUAUGUAUGUGACAAUGUUUUAACAGUUAUGUGCAUAAUCAAUUUGUUCACAGAUCGAUGUUGUUAAAGUUAAUCUGUUCAAUCUUUCUUACGACAUAUUAUGAAGAAAUCUUGUUUUUAACUUAUAUCGCAAUUAUUAUGAGAAAACCAGUAUGCUUUCUCCCAAUUUAAUACUGUAAUUAAACCAUUAAUAU